AUGAUUGAUACCGGAUCCUCCCUUUCCACGAACACCAACAUUCACCCCUGACGGAUCCGAGAAUUAUAAGAGCACAGCUUGAUUUUUCUGUUAACUGGGGCCAGCGUCGCUCUUUUCUCGCCGUUCGAGUCGUGUACCGAUUGCCGUCGGUACCCGCUUCAAUCUGUAUCUGUAACCGCUACCACCAUCACCUGAGGCUCUGAAUACAAUGGACAUCUCUUCGAUCCUCCAAGGCGGUUACCAGCACCCCUUGUCGCGGUCAUGGCAGGGCCGGAGGACGCUGACCAAGUCCAUGCUCAUGUACCCCAUCUUCAUCACGGACGACCCGGAUGCGAGGGUGGAAAUCAAGAGUUUGCCUGGUCAGUGCCGCUGGGGAGUGAAUAAACUCGAGGAGUUUCUGGGGCCGCUGGUGAAGAAGGGCUUGAAGAGUGUUAUCUUGUUCGGAGUGCCUCUCAAGUGCAACAAGGACGAGAAAGGCACCCCAGCAGACGACCCCGAAGGUCCUGUCAUUCUCGCUAUCAAGAAGCUGCGCACCCUCUACCCCGACCUCUACAUCGCCUGCGACGUGUGCCUCUGCGAAUACACCUCGCACGGGCACUGCGGCUUCCUCAACCCUGACGGCACCAUCGACAUCGAGCCCUCAGUGACGCGCAUCGCGCAGGUCGCGCUCAGCUACGCGAAGGCUGGCGCGCACUGCGUCGCGCCGAGCGACAUGAUGGACGGGCGCAUCAAGGCGAUCAAGAGGGCGCUGAUCGACGGCGGCUACGGGAAUCGGUGCACCCUCAUGAGUUACUCUGCGAAAUUUGCGAGCGCUUUGUACGGGCCGUUCAGAGACGCAGCUGGCAGUGCGCCAGCUUUCGGCGACCGUAAAUGCUACCAACUUCCACCGGCAGCCAAGGGACUCGCGCGUAGGGCCAUCACUCGCGAUGUCAACGAAGGCGCCGACAUCAUCAUGGUAAAGCCCUCGCUUCCCUACCUCGACAUCAUCGCGGAUGCCGCGGAGCUCGCCCCCGAUCACCCGCUUGCCUGCUACCAAGUCAGCGGCGAGUACGCGAUGGUCUGCGCGGGUGCUGCCGCUGGUGUGUACGACUUGCGUGUGAUGGCAUUCGAGACGGUGGAGAGUAUGGUCAGAGCGGGUGCUACGUUAAUCCUCACGUACUUCACUCCCCAGUUCUUGGAUUGGUUGGAAGCUUAAGGCGCGGCGUUGCGCAGUGUGAAAUGUCUUGUAUAAAGAUACAAACUGUUGUAUUGCUGCAGCUGGAAUCUCAGUCAGGGAUCAAAUAAACAUGGUACACUACACUAAUACAAUAAGAUACAUGUCACAUCCGCCCACAAUAAAU